AUGAGUGCAAACCUACUUAAAGAAGAUGCUUCCCUCUCUAGAUUGAAGAUGCCUAUGGACUCCAUAGUGAUGGACGAGAUGCUGCAACCAUUAGGAAGGUAUAAUCAGAAGGUGAAACCACCUACCAGGGAGAGGAUCAACUUGCGUGAAAGUCGUGCCAAACUCGAUUCUCUUUCUUCGUUUGUUCGGUUUACUUUCUUUGUUGUUUGCAAUUUGUACGUUCCAAACGAAGCAGGAGCAUUAGGCCUUGGUCGUACGACACUGGAGUUGCAGGCACAAGGCAGUAUAGACAGUAAGCAAGUUGCAACACUUGACAUGGGAAAGGAAGCUCACAGUGGCUGCCAUGGUUGUCAGAAGGGAGAAGGGGAAAGAGCCAGAGAUUGA